UGUCACUCACCGCAGCUCUUCAGAGUCAGCAGCAAGCGGCAAGAUUUCGGGCAAAUUCACAAACCAAGGCUCAGGAAAGCCCGAAAAAAUGAGUCAGUACAAGGACCGCUUCGUGACUCUGCUCCAUGAGAAGAACUUUGUGACAGAUCAUUUGGCGACGGUGGAGCAAAAAACGGGAGUGAGGAGAGAGUUUAUCGCCUUAGGUGCUCUGGGUUUUAUUGGACUGUAUCUGCUGUUUGGAUACGGAGCCUCGUUGCUCUGCAAUCUGAUCGGCUUCGCCUAUCCAGCGUAUUUCUCCAUUAAGGCCAUCGAGAGCAAUAAUAAGGACGAUGACACACAGUGGCUCACCUACUGGGUCGUCUAUGGGCUCUUCAGCAUCGUAGAGGCCUUUUCUGACAUCUUCCUCUCCUGGUUUCCAUUUUACUAUGCUGGCAAGUGUUUGUUCCUGAUCUGGUGCAUGGCUCCGGUGUCGUGGAACGGUUCUGCCAUGUUGUACAGUCGUGUGAUCCGGCCAUUUUUCUUGAAACACCAGGCUGCCAUGGACAACGUGGUCAGCGAUCUGAGCGCCAAGGCUAAGAGUAUUACUGAGACCGUCACAAAGGAGGCUGUUAACCAAGUCCUCAACCAUGACAAGAACCAGUAAGAAGCAUGGGAAGGCCCCGUGUGUGUGUGUGUGCGUGUGCGUGUCCUGGACGAGUGAAUGAGCGAGUGUGUGUGUAUGUGUUUGUUGUUCGGCUCUUGGUUUAGUGAAAGCGAAGAUUCACGCUCCCGAAAAAUGAAUAAAAGCUCAUUUGAUCACCCACAUCAUCAGUUUACUGCCAUCAGUUCUGCCGAGACAAUCUGACAAACUGUGACCUAUAUAUAAAAAUGUAGAGCUUAUUUUCUCUGUCGUAGCAUGACAAAACGGUGUGGAAAGAAAUGUGUUGAGAGCAAAAACUUAUGAUUGGCGUACCUGCAGGUACAGCAACCCUGGAGGUGUAGUCAAUAAUGCUCAGGUGUAUGUCUAAUUGAGCCAUUUGUGACAGAAAAGGCACAGGUAACACUACAGUUAUAAAAGCCAGUCCCAUUGCAAUGUGUAAUAUUGUAACAUCUUCAGCUUUUAUGUCAUUAAGUGUCUUCUUGCUCUUAAAAAGCUUUUAAAAUCUGUUUUUGGGCAAUAAGCAAAGUUCUCACUGUACGGUUUAACUGGACGACUUCUGUCUUUUGAUAUGACUUAAAUUAUCAUCUCAAUAUGAAGAAACAAUAAAACUGGAAACAUGAUGAACUGUA